UGCAUUUCUGGGUGGUUUUAUUUAUUCGUUUGACAACCACAUAUUCAGUGUCCAGUGUCAAGCACUAGCUGGACAGAGAAUACAAGAUGAGCCACACAUGAUUCCUGUAUACAAGAAGUAAACAGCCUAGGAGAAAAAGAUUUCGGUUGCAAACUGAAGGCAUAAUGCAGACUUGCCCUUCAAAGUAUGGUUUGAUGCAUUAUGGUGGUUACCCUUUCCCUACUGCGCCUCCUGUGGAUCCAUUUGCCAAAAUCAAAGUGGAUGACUGUGGAAAAACUAAGGGAUGCUUUAGAUAUGGCAAACCCGGCUGUAAUGCAGAGACCUGUGACUACUUCCUCAGCUACCGGAUGAUAGGAGCUGAUGUGGAAUUUGAGCUGAGUGCAGACACAGAUGGUUGGGUAGCAGUUGGAUUCUCUUCAGACAAGAAAAUGGGUGGUGACGAUGUCAUGGCCUGCGUUCAUGAUGACAAUGGCAGGGUCCGCAUACAGCACUUCUAUAACGUAGGCCAGUGGGCAAAGGAGAUUCAGAGAAAUCCAGCCAGAGAUGAAGAAGGGGUUUUUGAGAAUAAUCGUGUUACCUGCAGAUUUAAACGCCCUGUGAAUGUUCCCAGAGAUGAAACAAUUGUUGAUCUGCAUUUGAGUUGGUAUUAUCUGUUUGCUUGGGGUCCAGCCAUUCAGGGCUCUAUCACCCGACAUGAUAUAGAUUCACCGCCAGCUUCAGAGCGUGUUGUCAGUAUUUACAAGUAUGAAGAUAUUUUUAUGCCAUCAGCUGCCUAUCAGACCUUCUCAUCUCCAUUUUGUUUGCUUCUGAUUGUUGCUCUGACCUUCUACCUAUUGAUGGGAACUCCCUAACCACAACCUCAAGGCCAAUGGAUUACAUGGAUUGGGAAGUCUUUAGUAUAAAUAUAUUUUUAAAGAAUAUCUAGUAUAAUUUUAGCUUUGAUUAUUUUUUUAAAAAUCUCAUAUGAUUUCAGCUUUUUUGGAAGAAUGAACAGCUUCUUUUCUUGUCAAAGAGGAUUGUUUAAUAAUAAUCCCAUACUUUUGGGAAGUACUUAAAACUUUUCUAAGCACUUUCAAAUAUGUUUUCUUAUUUAAGCCUCAUAGCAUCUCUGAGUUGGAUUAAUGAAAAUUAUGAUUGCCGUCUGUCUGACCGGGAUUUGAGACCCAGAAAGGCUGUCUUUUUAUGACCAUGCCUUUUUACGCCAUGUAGCUUUGACUAGAAAUAACAUAACAGGGAAAAAAAGAACAAGACACAGAAAUCAUGUCUUGAACAAUCUUUACGCUGAGUGCUAUUGCACAGGAGAGAUACUCUGAGUUUGAAUUACUAGAGAGAAUUUAACUGAAUGUCACAGGUUUCCAGUCAGCCUUUUGGACAGAAGAACUUUCAAAUUUCCAUAAAGCAUAAGUGCUGUUGGAUAUUUAUACAGUCCAGGAGGAGACUGAGAGAGAUUAUGAGGGUAUGAAAAUUGCUCAUAUUUAUUUGAAGUUUCUUCUCAAUUAGUGAGUAGCUAUAAGAAAACAUUUCUUAUCGAUGUUUAGAAAGGCUAGAAAUGGAACUGUGAGCACUCCUGAAGAUGUAAAAUUGUGUUAAUGAUUUUUAAAAAAGGGAAUUCUUAGCAGUUAGAAUUUGAAUUAUUUUACCACUGAAUUUUAUAAACUAAGAUAUUAAUCUGUGGUUAUAAGUAAUUCUGUUGUCUGCGUCAGCAUAAAUUAAAUAUGACUAAGUAUAUAUUAUGACAGAUAAAACAUCUUAGUAAACGUUUAAUACAUUUUAAUAAUAAGCCAACAUUUUUGAAGAUUGUAAAGAUUUGAAGUAAAACUUUUUUUUAAUGAGGUGGGUUUUUUUAAAUUAGAAAAUGGAAAAAUAACUAAUAAAGUGAAUUCACUUAGAGUAUCUAUUUAAGAUUUUCAUACUUGUACAUUGAACCGACAGUCAGUAUAAUUUGUAGUAAUGCCUUGACAUGAUGCUUUUCCUUUUUUAAAAGGAGCCCCAAAGCUCCUUUGUUCCAAAUGCCUGUGCUAUGGCCCAUUUACAGCAGAGAAGUCUGUGGGUAUAGUUAGGUUGCUGAGGCGUUUGCAUUGUGGUGUUCUAGAUUUCUCUGGCUUGCCCCUGUUGCUUUAAAGCUGGCUUCAAUUUUGUUGAUUUUGUGAUUAAACAAUACUGGAGAUUGUGA